AUGUCGCCUGUAAGCACUGGUGUUUUAUUUUUGUCAUUGAUAUUAUCCGUACAACAAUGUAUAGGCGACAACACCCUCAACUUAAAUGGUCGAUGGGAUAUCAUCAAUUCCAAUAAAGGCUAUAGAGUUAGUGGUAUUGUACCAGGAUCUAUUUACACAGCUUUAAUCGCUAAUAAAACUAUUGAUGAUCCCUAUUAUAGAGAUAAUGAUGUACAAUAUAAAUGGAUUGGUAGAGAUGAUUGGACCUAUACCAGAUUAUUUGAAGUUUCAGCUGAUGUGCUAUCGAAACAAGCAGUUAUCCUGGUGGCAGAAGGUGUGGAUACGUUCUCUACUGUUACCAUCAAUGGAAUAAAGAUAGGAGUGACCGAUAACAUGUUUUUGCGAUAUGUAUUUGACGUAAAGGCAGCUCUUAAGUCUGGACUAAACAACAUAACCAUAGCGUUUAAGUCCGCGGUUAAUAUGGCAGCAGAACUAGAAAAACAGUCAGCAUAUCCAAUACCACCAGGUUGUCCUAAUCCUGCUCAACACGGCGAAUGUUAUAGAAACUUUAUACGUAAAGAACAAUGUUCUUUUAGUUGGGAUUGGGGUCCUUCUUUUCCUGGUCAAGGAAUUUGGAGAAAUAUAUCUAUCCAGUAUUUUAAUGAAGCUGUUGUUAGAGGAGUGUCAGCUUUACCAGAGUUGGUAGCUGACAAUAGUUGGGUUAUACACAUUGUUUUACAUAUGGAUAUCAGCAAUCUGACUGUUAGUGGUAUUGUUCAAACAACACUUGAUAAAACUGGUUUAUACCAUGAACACCUACUAUCUGGUACUAUCUCUAGUGAUAUUUACUAUGACUUCACGGUACCAAAGGAAACGUCAAUCGAUUUGUGGUGGCCGAAUGGUUAUGGAGAGCAAACUCUAUACAAUCUAACAGUGAAGUAUGUAGCAUUAGAUGGUAAAUCUGUUAUAACUGAGAAGAGUAUCAAAAUAGGUUUCAGAACAAUCGAGCUUGUCCAGGAAUCAGUGUCCAAAAAUGCUUCUCAAGGUCUGACGUUCUAUUUUAAAAUCAACGACGUUCCGGUGUUUUUGAAAGGGACAAACUGGAUACCAGCUGACAGUUUCCUUGAGAGGGUCACCAAAACCAGACUGGAAAGACUUUUGAGAUCGGCAGCAGAAGUUCAUAUCAACUCAAUGAGAGUUUGGGGCGGCGGAGUUUAUGAAAGUGAGGAGUUUUAUGAAUUAUGUGAUGAAUUAGGUAUUAUGUUAUGGCAUGAUCUAAUGUUUAGUGAUGCUCUGUAUCCAACAACACCAGAAUUUCUUUCAAGUGUACAGCUAGAGAUUCAACAUCAGGUGGAAAGACUCAAAUCACAUCCAAGUAUUUUACUAUGGUCUGGGAACAAUGAGAAUGAAGGAAUGGUGAUUUGGUAUGUAACAUUGCUCUGUUUUAGGAAAUCUGAACGAUAUAAAAAGGAUUAUGUAACACUAUAUGUAGAUACUAUUAAACCAAUAGUGGAAUCACUGGAUACCUCUAGACCAUUCGUAGUGUCUAGUCCAUCCAAUGGUGCCGAAUCAGAGAAAGAGGGGUGGAUAUCUAAGAAUGCUGGUUCAGAAUAUUAUGGAGACGACCAUUACUACAAUUACAAUGCCGAUUUAUGGAAUUUCAAUACAUUCCCAAUUCCCAGGUUAGCAUCUGAAUUCGGGUCAGAGGCUUGGUGCAAUUAUGAAACUAUUGAGAAAGUAUUUGCUGAAGCUGAUCUAGAUUAUAACUCAGAGAUGGCAAACCAUAGACAGCAUCAUCAAAACGGAAAUGAAGAAAUGUUAAAUCAGACAGCAAUGCAUAUUUCUUUGCCAACUUCAUCAGACCAGAAACAAAAAUUUCAAGAUCUCAUCUACGUAAUACAGAUUCAUCAAGCCAUGGCAAUUAGAACUGAAGCUGAACACUACAGAAGAUACACCAAUCAACUUGGUACUGAUGGUCGUGGCCUAACUAUGGGAACUCUUUAUUGGCAGUUAAAUGAUAUAUGGCAAGCUCCAACAUGGGCGUCUAUUGAUUAUGAUAUGAAAUGGAAAAUGCUACAUUACUAUGCCAAGAAGUUUUAUGACCCAAAUCUCAUUUCACCCUACAUUGAUGGCAAUAAUCUCACGGUAUACUUAGUUCUGGAUGAGAUUCCUGUUUAUAGAGAUUGGACAUCUGAUACUCAGCAAUUAAACCAAACGUCAGGAUGUAUCUUUGAAAAGAAUGUAGAUGAUAUUUUAUCUGAAGCUGGUUGUACAGACAAGAAGAAUUGUUUUCUCUAUUUUUAUCUCAACUCAAGAGAUAAUCCAACCAGUACAUCGUGGUUACCAUUAUCAUAUUUUACUGAUGUCCAGGGUAGAAUAUUACAGUCCAAUAUUCAAAUAUCUAAUGUUGAAACGCUCUCUCUAACUGAAUUUACAGUAACAUUAACUACAAACCACAUAGCACCAUUUGUAUGGAUUAAUUCACGUGGUAUAUCUGGUCGUUUUUCUGAUAAUGGUUUUAUAAUGAAAGAUCCUCAGCUACAGUUGAUUUUUACAUCCUGGCAACCAGUGGACUUAAAAACUUUUACUAAUUCAUUAUCUGUACAAUCAUUAAUGGAUAUUUACCAUUAAAAUAUCAGAAUAG